UGCGUCGUUGCCGCAGAGAUGCCCGGCGGCUAUCGCCGUGAGAUUUGCCAGUACCGCAAGGGCAGACCGAUGCAGCCGACGAGCGCGUAUCGCAGCCGACUGCUGGCGAUGCGCGAGCAGAUGUUGAUACGCGCCACGCUGGAGGGGCCUGAGAUCUAUGGCUAUAUACUGCCCUCGACGGAUGAGCAUCUGAAUCAGGAGGUGGCGUCGCGCGAUCAGCGUCUGCUCUAUCUCAGCGGCUAUACGGGCAAUCGGGCCGUGGCGGCCGUCACGCAGGGCGGCGCCGCCAUUUGGCUGGAGCAUCGCUUUGUGCAGCAGGCGGACGGGGAGCUGGACUGCGACUGGCAGAUCUAUCUGGCGGGCGGCAAUGUCAGCAUCGCCGACUGGCUCGGCGGCCAGCUGCACAUGAACAAGCGCAUCGGCGCCGAUCCGCAGCUGGUGCCGCAUCAUCUGUGGAUCACCUGGGAGCGGCAGCUGGCCGACAAGUUCCUCAAGCUGAUCAAGAUCAACAGCAAUCUGGUCGACAUGAUUUGGGAUGCGGAGCGACCGGAACCGCCCAAGGAUCAUGUCAUCCAGGUGCAAACGCUCGACUUUGCCGGCGAGAAGUGGGAGGACAAAAUCAACGAGCUGCGCGGACGACUCGCUCACCUGGGCUGCGAUGCCAUGAUUGUCACCUCGCUGACGGAGAUCGCCUAUUUGCUGAACAUCCGCGGCACAGAUAUUCCCUACACGCCCGUUGUCAAGUCCUUUGUCAUUGUCAGCCAGGACGAGAUUUUCUUCUAUGUGGAUCACGGCAAGAUUAGUCUCGGCAUCGAUCUGCAUCUGCGCACCGAUUGCUACAACGAGAACUGCGUCAAGAUUAAGAAGUACAAGCAAAUUUGGAGCGAUAUACGAACGUAUGUGCAGAUCUGGAAGCGUGUACUUGUGCCGGCGCCCUGCGUCCAGGAGCCGGGUGCCUCGGAGGCCAUUUACUCGGCCGUGCCUGCCAAGAAUGUUCUGGAGCACAUCUCGCCAAUUAUCUUUAUGCGCGCUCAGAAGAACAUCGAGGAGCAGGAGGGCAUGCGCAUGGCCCAUAUACGCGACGGCGCUGCCAUUUGCGAGGCAAUGAGCAAUCUGGAGACCAGAUUCUAUACGGAGCAAUGGACCGAGGAGAAGAUCAAGUACGAGCUAGACCUGUGGCGCCUCUCCCAGAUCCAUGCCAAGGGCCUGUCGCUGCGCACCGUGGUCGCCUACGGCGAGCACUCGGCCCUGCCCUACUACAUAUCCAGCAAUGUGACCAACAUCGAGGUCUCCGACCAGAGUCUCCUGGUCAUCGAAUCCGGCGGCCAGUAUCUGGAGGGCACCACAGACGUCUCGCGCACCUUCAUCUUCGGCGAGCCGACGCGCGACAUGAAGCGGGCCUAUACGGCCGUGCUGGCGGGCAUUCUGCAUAUAUCGGACCUGAUAUUUCCCGCCUCGGUGAAGCCGUCCGGCCUGGACAGCGUGGUGCGCGCCAAGGUCUGGCACGAGAUGACCGACUAUCCGCAGGCAACCGGACACGGCAUUGGCGCCUACGGCUCCGUCGAGGAGCCUCCCAUCUCGGUGGCCUAUGGCCAGAACAGCAGCUUCCACUUCAAGCAGGGCUACUUCUUCUCCAGCGAGUCCGGCUUCUAUAAGCGCGACGAUUACGGCGUGCGCAUCAAGAACGUGCUGGAGGUGUUGGACACGGGAAAGACGACCACAAGCGGCGAGCACUUUUUAGCAUUCCAAUCUGUCACCCUGGUGCCGUACGAGCCGAAGCUCAUCGAUGGCUCCAUGCUGAGCUCGGAUGAGAAGCGCAUGCUAAAUAAAUACAAUGCCAAAAUCCGGAAUCAAAUUGGCGACGAGCUGAAAAGACUCGGCAACAUGAAGGCCUUCUACUGGAUGAUGAACAAGACGCGACACAUACGCGAAUAUCUGCCCGAGGAUGAGUACCGUGCCGCAAUGGGCGGCGGUUGCCAUAGCCACGCCCAGCUUCCAUUGCUGGCCCUUGGUCUGAUGAUCUUGUUGGCCUUCAUCCAGCCCGAGCGGCAUCAAUAGACGCGAUCUAGAUAAGUGUGCGUGUGUGUGCGUGUGCGUGUGCGUGUUUGUGUGUGUAAUUAUGUAGUUUUAGUUAGCAAUGCAAAUUAAUCGAAGAGAGAAUCUGGGACUAACAAUUAACGAGAAAGAAGGGCUAUCUUCGGCAUGCCCUUGCAGACCCAACCUUUUUCAGAAUGCCAAGUAUCUAAGAAGCACAGGGAAAAUAGUUAAUUCGGAGUAUGGUAAGGAUAUCUUAAAAACCAAAAAAGUUUUCCAUACAACAACUUCAUUUUCGACCGAUCGUUAGUAUGGCAGCUAUAUGAUAUAGUUGUCCCAUGUUGUUAGGAUUUUGCAUAUAUAUGAGAAGCAUAGUAAAACUAAUUAAUGCCAAGUUUGGUCAAGAUAUCUUGAAAAACAAAAAAGUUUUCCAUACAAGAACCUACUUUACGACCGAUCGUUCCUAUGGCAGCUAUAUGAUAUAGUAGUCCGAUGUUGAUAGGAUUUUGCAUAUUUAUGAGGAGCAUAGUAAAACUAAUAAAUGCCGAGUUUGGUCAAGAUAUCUUGAUAAACAAAAAAGUUUUCCAUACAAGAACCUACUUUACGACCGAUCGUUAGUAUGGCAGCUAUAUGAUAUAGUUGUCCCAUGUUGUUAGGAUUUAGCAUAUAUAUGAGAAGCAUAGUAAAACUAAUUAAUGCCGAGUUUGGUCAAGAUAUCUUGAAAAACAAAAAAGUUUUCCAUACAACCUACUUUACGACCGAUUAUUCCUAUGGCAGCUAUAUGACAUAGUGGUCCAAUCCAGUUGGUUCCGACAUAUGAGAAACUAGCUCGCAUAGAAACAAACAGACGGAGAGACAAUAUCGACUUGGCUGUUGAUACUGAUCAAGAAUCUAUAUACUUUAUGGGGUCGGAGAUGUCUCCUUCUAUGCGUUACACAUCUCACGACAAUAUUAUAAUACCCUCUGCAAGGGUAUAAAAAAUACCAUUAUUAACUGUUAGCAUCUAUUAAAGUUGUUCGGCUCGAUCCGUGAAUUCCAUCCACAGCCUGUUGCUAAACUUAAACCAAUGCAAAUACGUAAUUAAACUGUAUAAAAUUACUUAACUACAAUUAAAUUACCAAAAAAAAUAUCUGUUAAAUUUCCUAUAUUAAUAUAUAAACAAUAUCUAUCUUAGUUAAGAAAUAACGCUGUAUAUUUUUCUAAAUGUGAUUAAACGUAAAAUUUAUCGAAAGUCUACCAAAAUUAA